GCGCCGCCAGCUAAUCGGCUUCGGCGUUCCAACUUUCCUCGCAGAACUCAUCAAGCACGGCCGCGAGAGGAUAGGACAAACCAUCAAGGCCUCCGGCUCCCGGCUCUGCUCGUAUGCUGAACGAGUUGCUCUUUUAAUGGAUCGUUCCCGGAGCCCAGACAAAACCACCCAGCCUCCAACACCAACUGACACCAUCAACCUCGGACCUUCUGCUAACCCAAAUGCCAAGCCAACAGACUUUGACUUCCUGAAGGUUAUUGGCAAAGGAAGCUUUGGAAAAGUUCUCCUGGCCAAACGCAAGUGUGAUGGGACUUUUUAUGCUGUGAAAGUCUUGCAUAAGAAAACCAUCCUAAAGAAAAAAGAGCAAAACCACAUCAUGGCAGAGCGCAACGUGCUCCUGAAAAACGUCAAGCACCCCUUCCUUGUGGGACUCCAUUACUCCUUCCAGACUUCGGAGAAGCUUUACUUUGUGCUUGACUACGUAAAUGGGGGAGAGCUCUUCUUCCACUUGCAAAGGGAGCGCUGCUUCCGUGAACCCCGGGCCCGAUUCUAUGCUGCAGAAGUUGCCAGUGCAAUUGGGUACCUGCAUUCCUUAAACAUCAUCUACAGGGACUUAAAACCUGAGAACAUCCUCCUGGAUUGCCAGGGACAUAUAAUAUUGACAGACUUUGGACUCUGCAAAGAAGGAAUGGAGCAAGAGGAGACAACAACUACUUUUUGUGGCACUCCUGAGUACCUGGCUCCUGAGGUGCUGAAGAAGCAGCCCUAUGACAGGACAGUAGACUGGUGGUGCCUAGGAGCUGUCCUCUACGAAAUGCUGUUUGGACUGCCUCCUUUUUACAGCCGGGAUGUGUCUCAGAUGUAUGACAACAUUCUGAAGAAGCCACUCCAGAUUCAAGGAAGCAAGACUGUGGCAGCUUGUGACAUCCUCCAGGGACUUCUCCACAAGGACCAGAAGAGGAGGCUGGGUGCCAAGACAGACUUUCUUGAGAUAAAGAGCCACAUAUUCUUCAGCCCAAUAAACUGGGAUGACUUGUACCACAAGAGGAUCACUCCUCCCUUUAACCCCAAUGUGGCUGGUCCUGCUGAUCUGCGACACUUUGACCCAGAGUUCACCCAAGAAGCGAUCUCCACCUCCAUCACCCACACGCCUGACCUAGCAGCCAGCAGCUCCAGUGCCUCAGAUGCAUUUUUAGGAUUUUCUUAUGCACCAGCUGAAGAGGGCAUCUAGGUUUUACAAAGGCUUUGAGACGCCAGAUUUUAACUGAAUGGGUUUUAUGUUUGGGGGUGUGGUGUUUUUGUUUUUUUUUUAAAGGAUUGGUACUGUCCUUUUGCUUAUGGUUUAAGGAAAUUGGGACUAAUACACUCACUG